AUGCAGCGCAUCAGCAAUGACAAAGGGCCACUGCGGGUCUGCAUUGUGGGAGGCGGAUCGAGCGGCAUCCUCGCUGCACGUCAGAUGCAUGACGAGGGCUUCGAGCCAGUCAUCUGCGAGCUGUCGUCCAGCCUGGGUGGCCUGUGGGCCUACCGCGGCGACAGCCAGGAAGGCCUACCGUCCGUCAUGCGGUCUACCGUCAUAAAGAGCAGCAAGGUACUGGGCGCAUUCAGCGACUUUCCCCCUCCCAAAGAGGCUCCCAACUUCAUGCACCAUACCAGGAUGUUGGCGUACAUCAGGAGCUACGCAGACCAUUUUGGCAUCACGGGUAAAGUGCGCCUGCGUCGCGAAGUCCUCCGGGUAACACAAGGUGAGGACUACGACUCCACUGGUCGCUGGGACGUCGUCAUCAAGGAUCUCAACGGUGACGUGGAGUGCAGAGAGACCUUUGACGCAGUGUUAGUGGCCUCGAGGCACUACAGGUUCCCUAACGUUCCCACGUUCAAGGGCCAGGAGAAAUUCAAGGGCAGGAUCGUUCACACGCACAGCCUCAAGGUCCCGGACCAGUUCAAGGACAGGAGGGUUGCCGUCGUUGGCAUCGGAAACUCCGGCGUCGACGCUGCCGUUGACGCGUGCCAUGUGGCUGCCGAGGGAUACGAGAUUGGCUGUUUUCCUAUGGACCAGUAUAUUCCGUAA